UCCCCAUGUUAUAAAUAUCAUUCUCAAUGCGCCAUACUGUUCUUCAAAAGCCUCUCUCUCUCUCUCAAAGAUAGAUUUGUGUGUGAGUGUUUGUGUGUAUAUAUAUAUAUGUAUAUUAUCAAAUUGGGAGGUGAAAUUGGGGGAAUAUAGAGAAAGAAACAUGGGAAUAUAUUCGCUGGUGACAGGGAGACGAGGAGCAAGUGGAUUUGGAUCUGCCUCCACGGCCGAAGAGGUUACACAAGGGAUUGAUGCAUCUCAUCUCACUGCCAUCAUCACAGGUGGAUCAGCGGGAAUAGGAUUGGAGACAGCGAGGGUAUUGGCGAAGAGAGGAGCACAUGUUGUAAUUGGAGCCAGGAACGUGGGAGCUGCGGAAGCCGCCAAGAGAGAGAUCUUGAAACACAACUCCUCCGCACGUGUUCAUGUCCUCCACCUCGAUCUCUCUUCCGUUUCUUCCGUCGGAUCUUUUGUCCGCGACUUCGAUUCCCUUCAUCUCCCUCUCCACCUCCUCAUAAACAAUGCAGGGAUAAUGUUCUGUCCGUUCCAACUGUCUCAAGAUGGAAUAGAGCUGCAAUUUGCUACAAACCACAUCGGUCACUUCCUAUUGACAAACUUGCUGCUAGAGAAGAUGAAGAAGACAGCAAAAGAGAGUGGCGUCGAAGGAAGGAUUGUGAAUCUCUCAUCCAUUGCACACAACUUCACUUACCCUCACGGUCUCCGCUUCGACAGCCUUAACGACGUUUCCCGCUACUCAGACAAGAGAGCGUACGGGCAAUCUAAAUUGGCGAACAUACUGCACGCCCUAGAGCUCUCUCGUCGGCUUCAGGAAGAGGGGGUGAACAUCACAGUGAACUCAGUGCACCCAGGCCUCAUCCUCACCAAUCUCUUCCAACACACUGCCCUUUUAAUGAAGUUCUUAAAGUACUUCAGUUUCUUCUUGUGGAAGACUAUACCUCAGGGGGCAGCUACGACAUGCUAUGUUGCUCUGCAUCCUAGUUUGAAAGGAGUGACAGGAAAAUACUUUGCAGAUUGCAAUGAAGUCACCCCCAGCAAAUUAGCCAGAGACGAAUCUCUGGCUCAGAAGCUUUGGGAUUUCAGCGUCAAGCUUAUCAACUCGGUCUCCAGCAAGAUUCCCCACUACUCCCCACCCGGUUCCAAAUCGGUUUAAACAGUUGUGUCUUGCUUCACUAUGUAUCUUGGUUCUCCAAAUUCCAUCACAACAUUUUCAUAGACGCUAUGCUACUAUGCGAACAAACAACUUACUAUUGAGUUUGGUGAUUCAUUCA